GCGCGCACUCACGCGCCGCCGCGCGGUCUGCUGUUCUCGGCCUCCGACGGCCUGCCCGCCGCCGACGUCACCGGCGCCACACCCGCCGCCGCGGACGCCGCCGCGUCGGACUUGGCGUCGCUCUCCGUGGACGGCGCAAACUCCUCGGCAGCCGCCAACCUCUCCGCGCUGCCCAUCUGCCCAGUGCUGCCGCCCAACCUCGAGGGCCCGCUGAAGGUGUCGCGCGAGUCGGCGUCGCUGGCUUCGCUGCAGGAGGGCCGUGGGCCGGCGUGGCUGCGCGCGCUGUCGGCCGGCGGGCACUUCCGGCCGGCGGGCUGCCGCGCGCGCCACCGCGUCGCCGUCGUCGUGCCUUACCGAGACCGCGCCGCACACCUCGCGCUGCUGCUCACCAACCUGCACCCCCUGCUGCAGAAGCAGCAGCUCGACUACCGCAUCGUCGUCGUCGAGCAGGCGGGAAGUGGUGCCUUUAAUCGUGCCAUGCUGAUGAACAUUGGCUUUGUGGAGGCUCUCAAGCUGUAUGACUUCCAGUGUUUCAUCUUCCAUGAUGUAGACCUGCUGCCAGAGGAUGACCGUAACCUGUAUACAUGCCCAGAGCAGCCGAGGCACAUGUCUGUGGCCAUUGAUGUCUUCAAGUACAGACUACCAUAUGCCGACAUUUUUGGAGGAGUAAGUGCCAUGACACGGGAGCAGUUCCAGAAAGUGAAUGGCUUCAGCAACAUGUUCUGGGGCUGGGGUGGUGAAGAUGACGACAUGUCAAAUCGCAUUCGUUUCCAUGGGUACCACAUCUCACGGUACCCAGCCAACAUAGCACGCUACAAGAUGCUCACACAUCGAAAACAGCGUGCUAAUCCUAAGCGCUACGAGUUCCUCAACACGGGUCGCCGUCGUUUUCGCACUGAUGGGCUCAACAGCCUGCACUAUGAAUGUGAGCGGACUCUCUUGUAUCGCUCACACACACAGCUGCUUGUCCGCCUGCCAUCGCCUACUGCACCCAGCUGAUGGGCCGCCAACUUUGUGGGGCUUUGGCAUGGCUGAAACUGGAUACUUGGCUGUAUGCCCAUCAGUCAUCACGUGAAUGAGUCAGCACUUUUCUGAUAACCUGCACAACCGACUGGAAGUAUUCUUGUGUAACCUCAUCACAUUAUAACACAUCACAUAAUAUUUAAUGGUACAGUCAACAUGUGUAUCACUGAAUCUAAUGGGUGCUUCUUUCAUUGAGUGGAUAUGAUGGAAAACUACUGGUUUUAUGGGAAGGAAAAAUUUGUCCCCUUCUCCUUGAAUAAUUUCCAUCUAUAAAGUUAGUUCAUGUACUCGGCUGAAACUUUUGAAAAAUAUAAUGCUACUAUGUGUAAUCACAAUCUUUAUCCCUUCAUGUCUUGUUCAUGUUUGAUUGAAUGUGUAAGCUUGUACAACAUUCUGAAAUUUCAUACAGUCUAUGGGGAAUGUAAUUAACGAACAAUAUUGCCCCAAAUUUGACUUUUACGGUGGAUCUAAAAUAUCCAGCUUUUUAAAUCAAACUAAGAAGAAAUCAGGUUAUUUAUGUUACAAUAAUAGAAUCUCUUAAGCUAUUGGGUUGUGCAGAUUUUGAGUUUAAAUGAAAUAACUCUAUAGCUUUCUACUUUGUGUCUAUUGGAGUGCAAUUGUGUGCCGAGGAUGUUCACCACAAAAAAUAGUGCUUCGUAUUCUGUCAGAUGAACAUGUAAUGGAUAAGCUAUUGAAUUCAUGAGACUGCCAUACCUCGCAGUUAUUAGUAAAACGUUAAUUAUUAACUGCCACAUUUAUACUGCAUGGUGCUAUAGUCUCGUCAGUGAUAAACCUCUGGACUGGUGUUGUUGAGACAGGUUGUGGUCAGUUAUAAUGUGUCGCAUAGUGGUGCUGAAUUUGUCGCCAAAUUUUCUGUGUACCAAAAAAAACUGUUAUAGUUUUUCAAUUGAUUAUGUGUAGUAAUAUUAGCAUCUACCAGUUAGUA